AUGGUGAGACUGUCAGAACAUAGCCGUAAAAAUGUUCUCAAUAAUAUGGUGGUGGAAAACAAAGAAUUGGUCAUCAAUUAUGAAAUUUAUAAUGUUGGCCAAGGUACUGCUACCGAAGUCGAAUUACAAGAUGAUAUCAUCAGUGGUGAUAGCAUGAAAUUAGUCCGUGGAAUUCUACCAGUGGUUUGGGAUCGUAUUCCACCCGGUGGCAACGUCACUCAUGCUGUUGUUCUUAAACCGAUCAAGGUAGGGCCUUACAAUUUCACCUCCGCUCGAAUCAGUUAUACCAUGAACGAAAAUGGCGAUCGACAACUCUCUUUAUCCACGGCACUGGGUGUCACUUCGGUCAUGAAUGAAAAAGAAUAUGAUAGAAAGCACUCACCACAUUUAACGGAUUGGGCUAUUUUUGGUUUACUCAAUAUACCUAUCAUUGUUAUUCCAUAUUUGAUGUGGUAUAGCAGUAAAUCAAAGUAUUAUACUCCUAAAGCCAAAAAAGCAUAA